UCGACAUCCUCCUGCUCUCGUCAGUCUCUCGUCUCCCUCUCAUCCAACUCUGCUUCAUAAUACAUCGCAUCUCAUCGCAUUUCUUCAUCUACUUCAUCGCUCAAGACAUCUUCCAUCGGGCUCUGUCCCACCCCUCUAUUUCACUCCUUACAGCUUUCCCGUAAUUUUCUCCGAGCGGGGCGACCCCAACUCCUGCUCGCCACCCUCCCCAACCACUCGCUCUGUCUACCACCUCAACAGCGUCAAUCGCCACCCUGAUCAUGGCCGAGACCGCUCCGGUGACAGCAGCCUCUUCUCUCCCUCAACCAGGUGACGGCGCAUAUCUUGCCCGUCCCAUCCCGCAACCGGGCGACGGCGCGUACUUGACGCACCGUCCCAACAAUGCUCCUUCCCGCGGCCCUCGGAACAACGGUCGCGGACGCGGACGCAAGCCCGGCAACGCGUCUCAAGGCCCGGCCUCGGUCACGGCCUCUGAGCCCCCGACGGCGCAGAUCGGCGCCCUUGCCCUCGAUCAAUCGUCAAAUCGCGGCCCUCGGAACGCCCGAGGAAGGGGUCGCAACAAUGGUCCUCGCCCCGACGGGGCGCCGGAUGGCCCCAACAACAGCCGCAACAGGCCCAGGCAGCAGCGGACUGAGCUGGCGAACGGGAACGCCGCUGCGUCCGGCAGCGGUCCGAGCACUCCCUUGAACCCAGCGGCGAGCGUGUUCACUCCUGACGAGAGCGGACCCAGCCGCCCCAGCUCGCGGGCAUCUCAGUCCAAGGGUCGACAGCGCAAGCCCAAGACGGAGGCGAACGGUGCUGCGGCGCCCAAGCCCGUCUCGAGUCGCCGCGCUGCGUUUGAGCGUGGCUCCAAGCUCACUACCGGUGACGCCCCUCCCAAGAAGGAGAAGCCGGCGCGGAAGACGGUCGAACACCCAGAACCGCUCGGUCCGGAGCCCGACGACCUCAACUCGCGACUGACGCGUGGUUUGCGCGGCAAGCCGUUCAUCGAGUGCCCGAUUUGCUUCAACCCCAUCUUCUCCCAGCAGCCGACAUGGUCGUGCCUGCCGCCCCACUCGCCCCCUGAGUAUCCCAAGACGCUCGAGGACAACGAGCGGCCAGCUUUCGCCGCGGCCCACUACACUGCCUGCUACACGCCGUUCCACGUGAACUGCAUCCGCGACUGGGCGUCGCGCAGCCUCCACGACGAUGCGGAGCGGAUACGCAAGGCCGAAAGCAAUGACGAGCCCUCCUGGCGCUGCCCAGGAUGCCAGAAGCACCGCACGCAAAAGAUUGGUGGCUACAGGUGCUUCUGUGGCCGUCUCGCCAACCCGCCUACGGUGUUAACCGCCCCACACUCGUGCAAUGACGCUUGCGCGCGCCCACGCCCCAACUGCAGCCACCCCUGCCCUCUCAACUGCCACCCGGGGCCUUGCCCGCCCUGCCAGGUCGCUCUGGUUGUCCGCUGCCCAUCGCACGCGACAUCCCUCACCGUCAAAUGUUCGACGGCCAGCACCAACGACGCCGCGCUUACGCCCGUUUGCGACGAGAUUUGCGACCGUGAGCUCGCCUGUGGUAAACAUCGCUGCGGCAACCUCUGCCACUUCGGCCCGUGCGGCGACUGCAGUGAAGUCGAGAAUGUGCGCUGUUACUGCGGCCACGAGGAAAAGGUUGCGCCGUGCGGCUGGAACAAGAAGGACAUCAAAGAGUGCAGCGACGGCAACGAGACUUGGGAAGGUCGCUUCGCUUGCGACCGCAUUUGCCGGAAGAAGUACGAGUGUGGCAUACACGAGUGCUUGGAGAAGUGCCACCCGCAUCCCGCUAGUCUCGUCCCCUGCCCGACCUCGCCAAGCGUCAUAACCACCUGCCCAUGCGGCGCGACACCCCUCAACCUCCUUCCCGGCUACCCACGCCCCGAUUGCACGGCGCCCAUUCCGACAUGCGCAGAGUCGUGCCCCAAGUCACGGCCUUGCGGACAUGCGUGUCCGCUCAAAUGCCACAGCGGCGAAUGCCCUCCGUGCCACGAGCAAGUGUACCGGCCAUGCCGCUGCGGCGAGAGCAACCUCCUCCUUGACUGCGACGAGGUUAGAGAGCGCCAGCAGGCUGGUCAAACCGAAUUCUUUUGCGAGCGCGUGUGCAAGGCGCUCCGAAACUGCGGCCGCCACGAGUGUGGUCGCAUCUGCUGCCCCCUGUCGUACAAGGCCAAGCGCAAGGGUCGUCGUGCGCUCGAUUUUGACAUUGACAACGACGAUCUCCAUCAGUGCCCUCUGGUAUGUGGCAAGCUCCUCAGCUGCGGCAUACACAGCUGCCCCAAGCCGGAUCACAAGGGCGCGUGCGGCCGAUGCCUACAGGCGUCAUACGACGAGCUUAUCUGCAACUGUGGCCACACGGUCGUUUACCCGCCGGUCGCAUGCGGAACCAAGGUCAACUGCGUGUUCCCAUGCGCGCGCCCCGACCCGCCCUGUGGGCACCCUAAGACUCCUCACAACUGCCACGAAGAGCCCGACUGCCCGCCGUGCCCGUUCCUCACUUCCAAGCCGUGCGCGUGCGGCAAGGAUCCUGCGGUCAAGAACGUCCGUUGCUCGCAGUCGCAAGAUCGCGUUUCUUGCGGCCAGGUGUGCGGCAAGCUUCUCGGCUGCGGUUACCACCGAUGCGAGAAGACGUGCCACCCCGGAGAAUGCGAGUCCUGCGCGCAGACUUGCAACAAGCCUAAGCGGAUAUGCAAACACGCGUGUACGCACACCUGCCAUGCGCCGGCCAAGUGCCCAGAGAACGAGCCUUGCCCCACCAUUGUUCAUCAGACUUGCUCAUGCGGCAAUCUUGUGACGCGGACCACCUGCGGCGCCAGCACGUCGAACCCUUCGAGUCGCGAGACGGUGCAGCUCAAAUGCAACGCCGACUGCAUGAUGCGCCAGCGCAACGCGCGCCUAGCCGACGCGCUCGGCAUCAAGCAGCCAGUCGACAGGACACUUACCGAGUGGCCGUCUGAACUGCGUACCUUUGCCUACGCCAAUCUCGCAUUCGUCAAGACGGUCGAGACUACCUUCCGCGACUUCAUCAACGGGACGCGCCAGACCGUCAUCCUUCCGCAUAUGCCGCAGGCCAAGCGCACGUUUGUCAUGUCUAUGGCUGACGUGUACCGCCUGGGACGCGAGCUGAUUGACGCCGAGCCGAACCGAUCCGUGCAAAUCCGACGUCGUGUCGACACUCGCCUGCCCAACCCCCUCCUCUCGUCCGUUGUGCAGCCGCAGACGUCCAAGCUUGGCGGCUUGGGCAACCUCCGUGCCGCCCCAUCGAGCGUAUGGGGAGCUGGACGUAGCGGGACCGCGUCGCCAUCCACAGCCGCCUCGGCCGCUAAGGCCAACACGCCUACUGCAAGUGCACCGACCUCGCGCGUGCCGUCUCCUGGCGUCGAGCAGGCGCGUCCCACCCCGCCCGAGGCUCACCGCGCGCCCGUCCCUGUCCCCGUCACCCACACGCACGUGCCAGUGCAGACCGUCGGCAUUGUCGGUGACACCGACUGGGAUCAGAGCGGGGACGAGGCGGAUUAGUGUUUCUGCCACUCAGGACGGACCACUCCAUCUACAAUGUAAAUCUCAUAAGCAAUCAGUUCAUCAUGCACUCUCCAUGUCAUAUGCUGCA